AUGGCUAAGCCGCCUAGCGGUUCUGAAAGACUACAUUCUCAAAUCCAGAGGCAAAAUGCUGAGCUAACCCUCGAGGUUCAUGACUUAAGGAGGCAAAUUGUUGAACAACAGGCAGAGAGGCAAAGAGAACGAGAAGAAGAGCGAGUUGCCAGGGAAAAACAGCUUGAGGAGGAACGUGUAGCAAGGCAGAGAGAACUUGAGGAGGCUAAGCAAGCAAUGAUGCAUGAUAUUAUGAAUGAGGUUAGGCAAUCAAUGAGGUCGGAUGUUGAGCAGAUAUUGGGAACUCGACAGGAAGACGCACAUCAGUUUUCCCAAGCAAGGGACGCUCCAAGAAACGGAACUGGAAAUCGGUCAAGUUCUCUGUUUAAAAAUUCGACCAUGAUUACUCAACACCAGCUUAUGCAAGCAGCUAAACACCAUCGUCGUCCUCCAAGUGAAAAGGAUGGUUUUCUCUAAAUGAAGAAGAAAGAUCCCAACAAGAUUUAUUACCAGUUUAGGAGGCACCUUGUAGGACGAUUUUUCUACAUGAAGUGAAGAAAAGUGAUUUCUUGAAGAAUGCUUGUUGACUAGAUGAAGUCAUAUGUAUCUUGUUUGUUUGAACAUUUAGAUUUCCUUCCAGACUUUGUAGAACAUGUAUCUGACUUGGAUGUUUUAUUCUUGAACUUGUUAAUUAAUGAAUGAAUGCUUUGGACAUGUACUCAUGAUUUUCUUCUACCAUUAUCAACAUGUGAGCGUUGUUCUGUACUUGUAGAUGGUGCUUGGAUAAUGCAUUAUU